GAUUGUAACCAAUUUAGUACACAUUUUAUAUUUGCAAUAUAACCUCUAUGUUGAUAACAUUUUGUACAACAAAAACAUUAUUUAGUUCAACAAAAGUAUUAUUUAAUUCUGUAAGAACACAAAUUACAAUGAGUUCUGAUUUAUUAGCAUCAGCAAAAAAAAUUGCUGCUACAAAAGCUGUGGAUGAUUGGGUUUCUGAUAACAUGGUAUUAGGAAUUGGUAGUGGUUCAACUAUUAUACCGGCAGUAUCAAGAAUAGCAGAAAGAGUUAAAAAUGAAAAGUUAAAUUUAGUUUGCAUUCCCACAUCAUUUCAAGCUAAACAACUAAUUAUUGAAAACAACCUGUUGCUUGGAGAUUUGGAUAAAUAUCCUCAUUUAGAUUGUGCAAUCGAUGGUGCUGAUGAAGUUGAUUCCAACAUGGUAUUAAUUAAAGGUGGUGGGGGGUGCCUUCUUCAAGAGAAGAUUGUUGCAUCAUGUGCUGAUAAGUUAAUUAUAGUUGCUGAUUACACAAAAAAUUCUGUUAAAUUAGGAGAAAAUUAUAAAAAAGGUAUUCCUAUUGAAGUGGUGCCCAUAGCGUAUGUUCCAGUAAUGAAAAAAAUUGCUGAGAAUUUUGGUGGAAAAUUACAAUUACGAUCAGGCAUUUCUAAAGCAGGACCAUGUGUAACAGAUAAUGGAAAUUUCAUAUUAGAUUGGACAUUGUUUGGUGAACAUGAUUGGGUUAAAGUUAACUUGGAUAUACUCAGUAUACCCGGUGUUGUUGAAACUGGAUUAUUUGUUAAUAUGGCUACAAAAGUAUAUUUUGGAUUAGCAGAUGGAUCAGUGCUCGAAAAAGAAGUUUAAUAUCGAACUGUUAUAUUUAAUUAAGGAAUAAUAAACCUAGAAUGAGGCCCUGGCUAAAUUCAACUGAAUUUCAAUUUAAUAUAAAUCAAUAAGAAUCAAAGAAAAUAGUUAUUUACGAUACUAGUGGAAUAACAGCAUUAUUAACGUACGCCUGCGAAAGUUACACAACGAGUGCAUAGCACCAGUUGGACUAUCGUAGAAGUACGUUAAUAAUGCGUUAUCACACGUAUAUCGUACAAAACUCUAAAACCACCAAAAAUGUUAAAAUAAACGAUAAUUAUUAUUGAAAAUUGAUCAUGGCUUAUUGAGAAAUAUAGAAACUUAAAAAAUUACUAUAGUAACUGAAUUCAUUACCGCCCUAGUGCGGGAAUCAAUUAAUUAUCACACUAGGGCGGUAAUGGACUACUUUUCGAACACAUACUGAGUGAGAAAAUUCCUUCUUUCUCACUUGCGUCGAUAAAAAAAAUACUUUUGAUUGUAUGGAAGUUUACUUAUUAAGUUUUUACAUUUAUUUCAAUUGAAAUAAAUUUUUUUUAAAAUCAGAAUUAUAAUUUUUUUAGUAAUAUUGGGGUAUAAUUAAGAAUAAUAUUAUUUCUUGAACUGAAGUCGCCACUAUCGAAUUUUAAAUGAAUCCCCACUUUCAAAACUUGGUGCUAAAUAAAUUAGUAAAUUUUUUAUACAU